CCAGCGCUUCGUGGGAAGGAUUAUGGAAAGACGAAAAUGAGUUAUCCAGAUUACACUGAAACAGAAUCAGGCCUCCAAUACAAGGACUUGCGAGUUGGAGAGGGCCCAUCCCCAAAGAAGGGAGAGACAGUAGUGAUUGAUUGGGAUGGGUACACAAUUGGAUACUACGGUCGCAUUUUUGAAGCUCGAAACAAGACCAAGGGUGGUUCUUUCGAGGGUGGUGAUAAAGAAUUCUUCAAGUUUAAGGUUGGAUCAGGACAGGUAAUACCAGCCUUUGAGGAGGCUAUGACAGGCAUGCGUCCCGGUGGAGUUAGAAGGAUAAUAGUACCACCGGAUAUUGGAUACCCAGAUAAUGACUUGAACAAGUUAGGCCCCAAACCGACAACAUUUUCGGGACAAAGAGCUCUAGAUUUUGUUCUAAGGAAUCAAGGAUUAAUAGACAAAACUCUCCUGUUUGACAUUGAGCUUAUCAGGAUAAUUCCGAGUCAAUAGCAUACAAGUGGUCGAGACACUCUUCACUAUCAAUAAUACAAGCCUGCCAAAAUCGCCAUCUGAAUAUGUUCAGUUUUCUCUGUCUCAAAUGUGUCUCAAAUGCAACGGAAAAAAUGUAUGUUUGUGAACCAAUUAAUGGCUGAAGCAAUGAUGGAAAUGGUGGAGGAAUCAGAGGUGCACAUUCGUGCGCAACAACAACUGAUUAAUGUUUUCAGAGACAGUGUAGCAAAUCAGCAAGAACUUGCGCACAUGCUUAUGGGCGUCAUCUGUGCUGAGGUUGCAGAUAUUGACAUUGUAGAUCGUUAGGUUCUGUUCAUUUAUUUGCACUGGCAUCAAUCUUUGAUUGCCCAGUGGAUGUAAUUUCCUGUAAUAUAUGCUGGAUGUGCAACAUUUUUCCCUGUAUGUCGUACCUUAGCUUGAUUGGUUUUGCACCUGUGCAUAAUUGCUCGUCGUAAUGGGCUCAAAUUA